AUGGAUCUGAUUCCAAACUUUUCCAUGGAAGCAUGGACACUUCUGGCUACCUUCCUGAUGCUCCUCUAUCUGUAUGGGACUUCUUCUCAUGGACUUUUUAAGAAGCUAGGGAUUCCUGGCCCCAAACCUCUGCCUUUUGUUGGGACGAUGCUUAACUAUAGGAGGGGCAUAUCGGAAUAUGAUAUAGAAUGCCAUAAAAAGUAUGGAAAUAUGUGGGGGCUAUAUGAUGGGCAGUACCCUGUGCUGAUCUUCACAGAACCAGACAUGAUCAAGAAUGUAUUAGUUAAAGAAUUUUAUUCUGUCUUCACAAAUCGAAGGUUUCUUGGUCCAAAUGGAAUUAUGAAAAAAAGUAUAACAAGAUCUGAGAAUGAAGAAUGGAAAAGAUUACGAGCAUUGCUAACACCAACCUUUACUAGUGGAAAACUGAAGGAGAUGUUCCCCAUCAUCCAAGAGUAUGGAGAUGUGCUGGUGAAAAACGUGAGUCAGGAAGUCAAGAAGGGCAAGAGUGUUACCAUGAAAGACAUCUUUGGGGCCUACAGCAUGGAUGUGAUCACUGCUAUCUUCUUUGGAGUGAAGGUGGAUUCCCUCAACAACCCCCAGGAUCCCUUUCUGAAAAACACCAGAAAGCUUAUUACACACGACUUUUUAAAUCCAUUUGCUUUCUCUACAGCACUCUUUCCAUUUCUUUGCACAAUAUAUGACAAACUAAACAUCUCUAUGUUUUCAAGUGAAGCUAUAUCAUUCUUUAAAAAAUUUAUAGAUAAGACCAAAAAAGAUCGACUUGAAAAUACCCAAGAGCACCGAACAGAUUUUCUUCAGCUGAUGAUGAACUCCCAGAAUUCCAAAGACAUGGAGUCCCAUAAACCUCUUUCUGAUCUGGAGAUCCUGGCCCAAUCAAUCACAUUUUUUUUUGCUGGCUAUGAGACAACAAGCAUUGCUCUUUCCUUUAUUACAUAUUUACUGGCAAUUCACCCCGAUGUUCAGAAGAAACUGCAGCAAGAGAUUGAUGCAGUCCUGUGCAAUAAGGCACCUGCCACUUAUCAAGCCCUGGUAGAGAUGGAAUAUCUGGACAUGGUGGUGAAUGAAGCUAUGAGAUUCUAUCCAGUUGCUAACAGGGUUAGCAGAAUCAGUAAAAAAGAUGCUGAAAUCAAUGGUGUGUUCAUUCCCAAAGGGACAAUGGUGUCCAUACCUGUCUCUGUUCUUCACCGAGAUCCAAAAUACUGGCCAGAUCCUGAGGAGUUCCGUCCUGAUAGCAGGUUCAGCAAGGAGAAUAAAAAUAGAAUCAAUCCUUACACAUACCUGCCUUUUGGAUAUGGUCCUAGAAACUGCAUUGGCAUGAGGUUUGCUCUCAUCACCAUGAAGCUUGCAAUUGUCAAAAUCCUACAGAACUUUUCCCUGCAUCCUUGUGAGGAAACAGAGAUUCCCCUGAAAUUAGGUAAGAAAAUUAUUCGUACUCCAGAAAACCCUAUUUUCCUGAAGAUUAUUUCAAGAAAUGGAGCCAUAAAAGAAGGUUGA